AGGGUCAAAAAACUUGCCGCGCUCACGUGAUUUGCGUUUACCUCUUGAGUAAUUUAAGUGUCUCUUUUUAAUUAUAAUACAAUGGUCGUAUGUUUAACAUCAGGAAAAAAGUUUCUUUCAGUACAAUUUAGUUUUUCACGGUGGCUGGGUGGGUUAAGAUGAUUUUCAAAAUAUAAAUAAUCUUUCUUUUCGAUAUUUUUCAUCCAUAAGAGUUAAACUGAAAGAAACGUGAAAUUUCGGUUUUUUCCAAAGAAGUGAAAAAAUAGAAAGUUAAUAAAUUAUAAAUAGUGAAAAUUUUUAAGGGGAGGGAAGAAAAUUAAACAAUAAAAUUUUCUAAUAAGUAGCGUAAAACUUGUUUGUUAAAAUUAUUUUUUAAAUUUCUUUUUCAAUUUUUGGGACUGUAUGUUGAUUUGCAAGUGCCUGAUAUUCUUAUUAAUAUUGAUAAGUGCAGGAUAUCAGAGAAAAAUUGAUUCAAAAUGGCAACUAUAGUCAGGGCUAUUGUGCAGGGAUAUAAAUAUUUUAAUGACGAAGUAUCAGAUCCGAGAACAAAGGACUGGUUUCUUAUGAGAACUCCAUGGCCAGGAGUGACCUUAUUGGGAUUGUAUUUGUACUUUGUUUUUAAUGUUGGACCAAGAUUUAUGUCAAAUAAAUCUCCUUAUCAGCUGGACAGAAUAAUGCAAAUAUAUAAUGUUUUGCAAGUCAUCCUUAGUUCAAUUUUAUUUUAUAAAGCACUUGCAUUAGCUUGGCUGUGGGAUUACAAAUUUGCUUGUGAACCAGUAGAUUUUUCAACUGAUCCCAAAGCUAUAGAGAUCGCUGGAACUGUUUGGCUUUAUUUCAUCGUAAAAAUAAUUGAUCUUCUCGACACAGUGUUUUUUGUAUUUCGAAAAAAGUACAAUCAAAUAUCGUUUCUUCAUGUAUAUCAUCAUACAGGAAUGGUAAUGGGCGCCUGGGGUGCAGUUAAAUAUCUUCCAGGAGGUCAUGUUACAUUUUUAGGUUUAGUCAAUUCUUUCGUCCAUAUUAUCAUGUACAGUCAUUAUUUGGCAACAUCCUUAAAAUUGGGUAAGCCUUGGUGGAAGAAGUACAUCACUCAACUUCAACUGGUGCAAUUCGUUUUAAUCCUCUUUCAUUUCGCACAACUAGUUUGGGUUAAAAAUUGUGAAUUUCCAAGAUGGCCAGCAGCAGUUAUGAUCCCACAAAAUCUUUUUAUGAUUGUCCUUUUUGGCGAUUUUUAUUAUAAAACUUACAUUAAGAAAAAUUUAACUAAAAAUGUAGAACAAAAUGGAAAUUCAAAAAUAAUAUCUAAUGGAAAGUCAAAAAGUCAGUAAAAAUUAAAUGAAAAUUACAUUUUCAUUUUUAUCAUUUGAGAUUUUCCAUUGAUCAUGAAAAAUUCAACAAUAUAAGGGUUUGUCCGAGGGGAAUUAAAAAAUAAGACAAUUCAAUUCGUUAAAGUUAAAAAAUAAUCGAAACAUCCCUAUAAAAUUGGAAAAAGUAUAUGCAUACAAUUAUAACCAAUUCUUAUUUAGAAAAGCAUCCUAACCCUUUCGGACUUACUCUGUUAAACAUGCAAAUCAUACUCGAUUUUAGAACUUCAUUAUAAUAAUUAUUCAGAGAGUUAGACAGAUUGUAAAUUUACGAAAUUAAUUAAACAGUCAGGAGAGAUUGGAGCAAGAAAAUUUUAUUUACUCUCAGUAGGAUUUUAUUUAAAAGAACAUUAUAUUCGUAUUUAGCACCAAAUUUCACUUUGGAAUUUACUUAACUAAGUAAAUGUAUGGAAGGAAAUAUUCGCGAAAAACUGAAAUAAAUCAUGAUAUAAUAUUUUACCAAAAAAUAUGUUUAACAUACAUCAGUAUUUAAGUAGCGUUUUCAAUUGGUAGCCGGUAAGGUUUAAACUUUUUUUCAUCUUCUGGCAUCGAGAUAUUCUUAUUAUUCUUGCCCCAUUCUCCUCUACUAUUUUAUUAUAAAAAUAAAAGAAUGCCUGUAUUAUUAAAUUCAUAAAAUAAUUUUUAUUAUUAUUUUGCAAACUAAGUUAUUUAAUAUGUAUAUUUUAUUAUAAAUUAGUAUACAAGUUUGAAAAAUUUGUAUUUCUCAAAGUACAUAAUUUUAAGUAUAAAAUUGGAUAGACGUCGACAUUGACUUUGAAAGCCUUUCAUAGCAAUAUUAUAGAAGAUUAAAAAAACCCAGUAAUAAGGCAGGAAUAGAAAAGAAUUACAAUUUUUUCAUAUUCUCGAAAAUUUAAUAUUUUCUUAUUAUAUUUAAUCCCGAAAAUUACUUCUUAAUUUCUAUAUCUUCAAAAUGGACAGAUUUAAUUUUCUUAAUUCCAAACAAUGCCUUCUGGAAAAAGUGAUGUUGAAUAUAUUUUAUUUUUAAACUGGAAUAGACUUGAAAUCUUCUAAAUAGAAUUUAAUAAUGAAAAGUAGAAAUUUCCGUUCAUAUUCAGUCUCACGUGAAUUGAAAUAAAUAGAAAUUUGCAAAUUUCUAUACGUGAGAUUAAAAGAAGAGAAUUUUCGGAAUUAACUCUUUUAAUUCCAUUCUAUUCUAGUUGUUUUACCGGGUAGAUAUAAAAUUUGUAUUUUUGCAGAAUUUAAUAUAAUAGUAAGAAGAUAUUUAUCUAUGAUUUUAAAUUAAACUAAGCUAUGAAUGAUUUCAGUUCAGAGUUUAUAGUGUAAAAUAUAUAAAAUCUUCAUGGUAUUCCUAGUGUAAGUAGGAAUGACCUAAGAUUCCAUUGUAAAUAAGAGUCAUGUAUACAUACUUAAAGAUCUGAAACACUAAUAAUUAUAAUAUUAAUUAUUAAACUGUAGUAUAAUACAAACUUUAUUAAGGCCUUCUUAACUUAUCAUUUUUUUCUUUAUCAUUAAAUCCGGAUUUUUACACUUUCAGAUAUUUUGUAUUAGAAUUCAAAAAUAAGUAAAUAACAUAAUAUACCGGUAGCCUAUGAAUUGUAUACUUUCGUCCAAGGAAAGUUAACUUAAUAAUUAAGAACAUAAUGUAAUUAAAUUAUUAUUUAAAUUAAAUUACAUUAAAUUAAUGUAUAUUCAUUAAAGUAAUUAACUUAUUA